AUGUCACAACCACAAAAGACUAAUAACCACCCCGAAACAAAGCCACCGCCUACGUCAAAGCCUAUACAGUGGGUGAAGCUCAAGAACGUUGUCGGUAACACUAACGCCGCUACUCACGAAGCUUUAUGGAAAUUAAUAAAUAAAACCUUACCGCAGAUUGAGGGUAAAGAAGCUGAAAUACGGAAAGCGUAUGCGAAGAAAGUGCGUAAGGAAGAGUUACCUAGCGAUGUGUUAAACGCAGAUCUACUGGCUGCUGAGAAGAGGAAGGCGUUAAUAGGCUUUGCCUGUCAGACGCGGGAACUGUGUUUGAGAUCGUUAGCUGCAGUUAAGUUUGCUCAACAUGCGGAUAAGAUACGGCAGGCUGAGAAUCAACAUCAGGCAAUACAACACCAGAGUAAAGUGUUCAGCGAAAUGUGCCGAUCUCUAGAAGAAUUUGCCAUGUUUGUUCCGGCUACAAGUGUACGACAAUUUGAUCUUUUAACAGGUAUCGACAUUUUAACGUCGGGAUCAUAUCUACGCUUUCCCAAAUGGAUAAAAGAGACCUUGGCACCUGAACCAAUUGACGAUGCAGAAGUACAAGAAGUGUUGCAGAAAUUAAAUAAUACGAUACAAGUACGAUUAAUGACAGAAGAAGUUGUACCGCCUGCAAUGAAAACAUAUCGAGUACACGAUGGGAGAGUUACUUUUGUAGUGCCUGAUGAGUUUCAGGUUUCCCUUACUUUGGGUCCCGAGAAAGACUCACAUUGGCACGUUGUAGAUGUAAAAAUAUUCGUCCAAAACGCCCGUGACAAAUUCCUUGGUGAAUCUGAUCUCUCAUUCCACGAACAUCAACUCGGCUACAUUCGGGAGCAGGCUCAAAUGCUUCUUAACCCAUACCCUCAAAUGUUUAUCGAAAAAACUUCCCAAGUCGCACCUAAACCUCCCAAGACUUCCAAAGACCCCCUACCAGACGUUAAGAAACGAUUGGCAGCGAGUAGAUUUGUAAGGAGAGAGAGCAGGGAGAGUGAUGAAGGGCCUUCUGCGGAAGCGGUUGGAGGCAGACAGGGGCAGGCUGGACAGUUGCAAUCAAGCCAGUUGUCUAGAGAAACGUCAAACAUUUCGCAGACAGAAAGCUCUCCGACAGCCAAAUUUAUCCCGCUAGUGCAUUUAUAUGAAUAUCUGCAUGGAUUGGCGUUGGAUUUGCAGUUGGACGUUAUGUGGCAGCAGUCAAAACACCUAAUGCGAACAAGAUAUUACGACCACUUGGCCGUGAAUAUGAACGAAGAGCGAACAGUGCUUCGAUUGCAUUAUUGGAGGGGUGGAUCUUCGGCAAAUGUUGGAACAUCUUCCAGAUACAUCAGUGGUAUUGGCCGUUCUGCUCUCUCUUCAACUGCCCACUCGAAACGAAACCUGCAACACAAUCCCCACAACGUUAUAGAAAUUUCUAUCGUACAGGAUACUCCAAAAGAAGCCCUCGUUCGAGCGACGCAUAGGUCACUCUCUCGUACGACUUGGGCCAAUGAUACGUCUCUCAUAAAACCAGGGACUAUAAAUGGUGGUCGUGGAUUGAAUUAUCCUAACAAGAGGUUCCAAGUAGGGUGGUGCGGGUUUUUUGGAGAAGAGAAGCCGACGUGGAGGUUUCUGAAUUGGAAGUUUAAUCCACGUAAUGUAAAUAUAGAGCAUUUAUUGCUCCAUGUUGGACGCACACAAGCGGACAUGUUGAUAAGAAGGUUCUAUGAUGCGUUGACAAGCACUUAUGAGAAAAAUACCUUCGCAGAGGGAGACGUUGAAUUGGUCGAAGGACGUGAUGUUUUCCGUACAAACAAACCCAAAAACACUUCAUCAACAGAUAUAACGGCUAAAAAACUAUUCAAAACGCCUACUCUACGUAUUCGAUUUGGAAAAGGAAGAUUUGUAAAUGUUAGUAUUGAUAUACGAACCGGACUGUUGUUAUUUGAAGAAGCAAGUAAGGGGAUAGGAAAAGCUAUGACACGGCGAUACGAGGAGGCAAUCGCUAAUAAUUUCUCGGGUAUAGUUAAUCUGCUGAUAAAUUGGAAGUUCAAAACAUUAGUUGAACAAAUAGAAAAAACAGCAAAAUUCUUAGAACUCGAGGUCAAACGAGACAUACGAUUGUCUCCAGAUGAUUGUAGUCGAUUUGGCACGACGAAUCCCUUAUUCUUAGGCUUCCCUCAAAAUACCUAUGGAGAUAUUUCCGAAUUUCAAAAAGAUCAAUAUUAUUUGGUAGCCGGUUUCUCUGAUGGAAAGAUGAAAUAUUGGAUAGUGCAAUUAAGUCACCAUGAAGAUGCUCCUGACCCUCUUUUCAGACCUAACAAAGACGUGAAUGGAGAUGUGAGACUUGGGACUGGAAAGAGGAAGAUGGGGGAUAAGGAUGAAUUAGACAUACAAAAGAGAAGACCUGUGAAGCGGCAGAGGUUUGAUGAUGAGGGAGUCGUAAGGGUACAAGGAAGUUGUGAAGGGUUGGAGAUGGAUUUGUUUGGCAUCAGCCGAGCGGCAGCUUUAUGUCGCGUUCGCAUCUGCCAUAUAGAACUAGAACGGAGACUCAAUGAUAAAUCCAUAAAAUUCGAAUCUCGCUCUGUAAAAGAUUUAAAGGAUCUCACACUGGACGCGAACAUGACCAAUUCGAUUUCCGUACCGGUAUUACACAUAAAGAUCCAGGAACUAUUGAAGAAAAUCGAUAAAGCGACUGAUAGGGUGUUAAUGGUCAUGGGGGAUAUAUACAUUAGGCCAGUUGGAUGGCUGAAUUCUAGUGCAUCAGCUAAGAGUUCAGUUUUAUUUCAGUGUCCGAUACACAGAAGCAGCCUGCCGGAUAUUGGUCGAAUCUGGUCGAAACAUAUAGAAUACGACCCAAUAACAUCCACUCUAGUGUUUCGAUAUGACAAGGUGGAGCUAUCAAUUGAAAGAUUCCUUCAGGAUUGGAAACGUGUUGUUCUGAUUACACAGAUAGCAUCUCAAGUAUCUUCGAAAGAAUGGCAUAGAAAACACAAAGUUUCUGUAUACCCGUAUGACUUCAAGUCGCUUAAGAUUCAGUAUGCAAAAGAUUUUUACGUGAAAAUAUCGGGGAAGGUGUCAGGCAAGACGGCAGGCUAUUAUAGACUUCAGCUUGGAAUCACCGGAUGUCGAGUUGAUGGUCCCCAUCCGCAUCGACGAGUCUUAUAUUACUUGGAAACCAGAUUUAAUUCGACGUAUAGUAUUGACGAAUUGAUAUCGACAUUAACAAACACAGCAGAGUUGGCAACAGUACUUGAUGAAAUUGAACGAAAUGCCAUACGACUGGGUAAAAAAAUAAAUAUAAAUCAUAUGUCAGCCAAUCAUUAUCACGUUCUAUAUCAUGGCGCCUCGAAACCUCCCCAAUCAGUUGAAUUUUUCUUCAAGCCGAACAAUAAUGUUUACAUCUCUGAUGCGCUGUCGGUUGAUUCUAGUUCAAGAAAAGUCCUUCCUUUAGGAAAGGGUCUGACAAUGAAUUCAUCUGAAGCAGCUAAAUUCAUGAGGCAGGCUCAUGAACGAAUUACCGUAAAUUUGUGGAGUUCGUAG